AUGACGGCCACUCUUCCUCGAGUACUCUACACUCUCCCUCGGGCUCGUCUCGCAGUACCUGUUCUGAGAAACGUGAGGGGACAUGCCGCUGCUGUGGACCCUCCUUCUUUCAGACCCCCAAAGCCAGAGGAUGGAGCGGUGAGACGUGAUUGGACCAAGAGGGAGAUACAAGAUAUAUUUGAUGGUCCUCUGAUGGAGAUCAUCUUUCGUGCAGCAACCGUACACAGGAUGCAUCAUGACCCAUCUAGAAUCCAAUUAUGUACUCUGAUGAACAUCAAAACUGGUGGUUGUACCGAAGACUGCAAAUACUGCUCUCAAUCAUCUUCUUACAAAACCCCUACGAAAGCAUCACGACUGGUGGAUAUUGAACCUGUACUGGCUGCUGCGCGUAAAGCUAAAGAGAACGGUUCCACACGCUUCUGCAUGGGUGCGGCUUGGCGUGAUCUGGCGGGGAGAAAAUCAGGCUUUGAAAAGAUUUUAACUAUGGUCAAGGAAGUGCGAGGGAUGGGGAUGGAAGUCUGCACAACACUAGGAAUGCUAUCUCCUGAACAAGCUAAGCGAUUGAAAGAGGCUGGAUUGAGCGCCUACAACCACAAUCUCGAUACUUCUCGCGAGUUCUAUCCAGAGAAGGUCAUCACCACUCGUACAUACGACGAUAGAAUAUCAACCAUCGAAGCGGUUCGUCAAGCUGGUAUAUCAGUUUGUUCCGGGGGCAUCCUUGGUCUCGGUGAGAAAGAUGAAGAUCGAGUGGGAUUGAUUCAUGAGUUAUCCACGCUAUCUGAACAUCCUGAAUCAUUCCCAGUGAAUACUCUGGUCCCUAUCGAAGGUACCCCUUUAGAGAAGAACGAUCCUGUUUCUGUCCAAACUGUUCUCCGUACCAUUGCCACGGCUCGAAUGGUCUUGCCUACCACGAUCAUACGUUUGGCUGCUGGGCGUCACACCUUUUCAGAGACGGAACAAGCUAUGGCAUUCAUGGCAGGCGCCAACGCCAUUUUCACCGGUGAAACCAUGCUCACCACUCCCUGUAGUGGUUGGGAUCAAGAUAAAGCUAUGCUUUCUCGUUGGGGUUUACGAGGUCUUCGAUCGUUUGAGGAUUCAGAAGAUAUUUCAGUCCCGACAACACGAUCUGAACUUGAUAAGGCGACAUUGUAG